AUGCCAAGGCUUUUGUGCAGGUUGCCUUUUCUACCCCAGCACUUCCGCGUCAAACGGAUGAGAGCUAUAUUUUUGGCCAUUGGACUCUUAGCAGUCUCUGCAAUUGCAUUCGCCGAGGAGGAGAAGAAGGAACUCUCUGAGCAAGGCCUGGCUGUCUUGAACAAACUUCAAGCGCUCAAACAGCAAGAAGACGACGCCCUCGCAACCGCCAUUCUAAAAACGCCUUUCCAGAUCUCCACAAUUCUUGACAAGGAAGAAGACGAAGCCGACAAGCUUGAGAAAAUUGAGGAACCAACCCGUGUGAAACGCCGCGCAGCUUUCCGACGACGUGGACGACGUGCCGGUCGCGCACGUGCCGCCAGAAGACGUUUCUACCGCCGUCUCCGCCGCAACCAGCGCCGUGCUGCCAACAAACGCCGCGCACACGCCCGCCGUCACCGCAAGAACCAACGUCGGGCUGCCAGAAAGAGCCGUCGUCUGCGUCACCGCGGAUAA